UGCGCGGUCGAAAAGAUGGCGGAAUUGCCUUGUUUUCGUGGUCGGUCCUAAGAAAAGGAACGCGAACAUUGCCAUCGUUUUUCGAAAUCUUUAACCUGCAAAUCGCGAAUUUCUCGUAACUACUCGUAAUUAUUCGAAUGUGACGAUUAUCUGGAAGCAAAAUCACACUAUUUCCAGGAAGAAAAUUUAAACUAUCGGAGUGCCUUUUCGGCGUGCUGCUUUUCGGAAAAUUUUGCACAGACUUUGCAAGGUUUUUUGUUGUUUUUGUUGACACAGACGGAAUCCGCGAAAGAUUCUCGUCUCCGAGAUAAUAUUUGUUACCAUUACGACCAUGGUAAUUACCAUUCUGACAAUGCAGAACUCGGUGAAGUCGAGGUCGUCGUGAGUGUAAAGUUUUUGGUUAGGUUACUCUUCCAGUAGACGUUGUGUUAAUGAUGCUGAAAUGCCGUGUUUCGUGUUCCCCGCAAAGGGUCACGUGUAGAAAAAAUAAUUAUUAGACUUGUGAGCAGUGAAAGUAAAAACAAAAGGAAAUAUGGCAAAUGACGAUUUCGACGCGGAGUUUUUCGAGCGAAGACUCCUCGCAUUGAAAGACUCCCAGGAUUCGAUCCAGAGUCUUUCCGCAUGGUGCUUGGAGAGGAGAGCACAUCAUAAAAAGAUUGUUGCCACCUGGUUACAGGUCUUGAAAAAAGUGAAAGUAGAAAGUCGACUGACUCUUUUCUAUCUUGCGAAUGAUGUCAUUCAGUAUUCAAAGCGGAAAAAUUUCGAGUUCGUCGAGUCCUGGGGCACGACCCUGCAACGAGCCACGACGAUGGUUCGGGAUGAGAAGGUCAAGCAUCGAAUUCUGCGAAUUUUCAAGAUUUGGGACCAACGGCAGGUCUACGAUGAGGAAUUUCUUGCAGACUUAUCGGGGCUUAUUCAGGCUGCCCCGAAAAAGAAAGCAGAACCGCAGCCAGUGGUACCUGAAGAAUUUCAAGCGGCACUUCUUAUCUCGACGAUGAGGUCUUGUGCCACCCUGGAGCAGGCAACAGAUGCAAGGCUACGCGAUUUAAGAGAAUGCAAUGUAGAUAUCGAUAAUGCAGAAGAACUCUGCGCGUCUUUGAAGGAUAGAAGACACGUUGAAGACGCAGAAAAAGAAGUUGAAAUUGGGGUGAGAAAUGUUGAAAACUACGUCAGAGCUCUUGAGGCUGAAAUCAGAGAAAGAACACAGGUUCUUGAACUGCUUGAGCAAGCUGAUCAAUUUUACGAAACGCAGCGAGGAGAAGUUAAGAUUGUUACGAAUGCAUACAGGAAUUUUGGAAGCAGAGUCAAACAUUUGAAGAAGAAGCUGGACGAACUUUUGCCAAUGUUGACGUCUCCCAUUCCAUCGCCGGAUAUAAACGCACCAUCUCCAAGUCCCGACAGCGAUAUAGAACUUCCAGGAGAAGAACUACAGCUCUCGAGUCAAAAGUCUGCGAUUAUCGAAAUUUCACCCCCAACGAUGUAUGGUUCCUAUGGUCAUCAAGAUUAUGAACCUUCAACUGCGGGUCUUCUAAAUCAAACGGGGGAUUUCGCUCCCAGCUUCUCGUCUUUCAUGGACGGAAAUAUGGAAUUUGAUAUGAAGAAUAUAUUCAGCGAGAAUUCGAUGACUCCAACCGCAAGUCAACAGUACAGUGAUGCCAUAGAGGCUAGACAGUUUGAAGGAAUUAAUUCCUGUCCUCCGGAUAAGAACGAGGAUUUCAGCAUCUCGAGUUUCCUGAAGACAGUUCUGCCGGGAUCAGACGGAGGGAACGACUCGGGCGGAAUUCCUGGUUUGGGAGAUGUUCCUGAUUCCUCAAUAUCCGAUUCUUCGCACGUGGCGUACAACAUUUCACAUAUUCCCGGAACUCCGAUAAAUAUGAGGCUACCAGGGAAUCACAGUGAUUUGAAUAAUCACCAGAUGAGCCACAGCACACCAUUGCCGAUGAGAACUUUGAGCGGAGGAUCUCAUACACCAUCGCCCUACUCGAGUCAAAAUAGUCAGAACAACGUUUUAUCCUACGACAGUUCGCUUAAUUCUGCCAAUCCACUGCCUCCUCCACCGAUGCCACCGCCUAUUUUCCUCGACGAUGAAAAUUGUUACAACAAAUUGCCACCCAAGUUCCCGACGUGGACACCUGCGAAUGAAAUCCCGAAGGAACCUGCCAAUUGGGAAGAAAAAGCCAAAAAUAGCAUGAAUCCUUCUUGGCCAGGUGAUGAGGAAAAGGAAAAAGCCUGGGGAGAAGCGGGAAGUGAUAGAUGGGAUUUGCAUAAUGAGACUGCGUGGACGAAUAGCUCAAUUAAGAAUGAGGCUCCUUCCGAAACUCCGGAGUCACCACCUAUUUACGAAAAAAUAGGAUUCAGGGAUCCUAUUGAAUAUAAUGACUCUGAAUCCCAAGAGCCUCUUCUCAGUAGUGUUGGUGAUGUUGAUCACAGGGUGAUUCCUCUCCCAAUGUCAGGAAAUCAAUUGCCACAUCGUCUUAUGAAAGUGGAUGUGGACCAUCGAAAUCUUAUCAGUCUAACUGGAAGUCCAGCUAAUCAUAGUACCCCCAACGAUUCUUCACCAAUACCUCACACGCAAAACAGCUUGUGGUCCAAUACUGAUCAAGACUACAGGAAACAAGUGCAACCUGGAGACAACGUUGAGAGUGUCGACAUGGAGUUAUCUGACGACGAAAACGAGGGCAAGCAAAAGGGAAGAGGAGUCCUGGUGGAUGUGAGAUCACAAGAUCGAGACAUGCGAGGACCACCACCAGUACCUCCCCCUAAUCAACACAUGGACAUGGAUAUGAGGAUGAUUCCCUUACCGGCCGGAUGUGGACCUCAGGAAAUUCGCAAUAUUCAAGCUCCUCCACCACCUCCGCCCCUCCCUCAACAAUUCCAUCAGGGACCACCCGAUUUUCAGCAAGCUCCGCCAGAUUUCCAGCAGAAUAAUCCCAUUGAUUUUCCGCCGAACCAGCGAAACUUUCGAUCCAAUGCUCCCUUGCCUUUCAAUCCGAGUCAACCAGAUUUCCCUCCGAAUCAACAAGAAUUUCCCCAAAAUCAACCGAAUUUUCCUUCAAAUCGACCGAAUUUCCCACCAGCGCACCAACAGAAUUUCCCUCCAAAUCAACAGGAGUUUCCACCGAAUCAGCACAAUUUUCUCCAACGGGAUUUUCAUCCAGCGCAGGAUUUCGAUUAUCGAGAUAAUCAACAUGAUCGAUGGAACAAAGACGAUUCGAUGUCGCGAGGAAGGUUUCCCCAGCACGAUCAACACAGGGACAAUUCACAUCGGAACGAUCGGGGCGGUCGGGGUGGUCGAGGUUUUCGUGGAAACAGGAGAGAUAGAUAUUCUGAUGAUCACAAUAAGAGGACUAAUCGAAGACAGAGAUCUCAUGAUCAGCAAAGAUCUCCGCCGGAAAUCCUGCCGAAUAACCGACCACUUUUGGAGAAACCGGACGGAGGGAGAAUGGAUAUGAAUGAUUUUAAUCAGCGACAAGAGGACUCGGGGCGGCAAGACGACUUUUCAUUUAAUGAGAACAGGUUGCACGAUAAUUCAAGGCAGUCUGAUUUCGCUGGAAACGCGCCUCGUGAUGAUACCAAUCAACAGACGCCGCCGAAAAAUAAUUCCCAGAAUCCUGGCAAUGUUCCUGUAGAUGACAACCAGACUCAUGAGCUGGACAAGAAAAGUGGAGAGGAUGAGCAGCCUGAAAUCGCAGGAAGUGCAGAUCCACCAAAGCAGCUCUCAGAGCAGUUAGAAGCCCUGAUGAAUUCGACGAAGGAUCCUUCCCAAUCCUUGAAAAGACCAGCUUGCGACAGUUAUCCCGAAAAUGAUGAAUCAAUUGAAAUUUCCACGAAGAUGAUGCAUUUGCAGAAUGGUCCAUUGCUCUCAACGCCUAAUGGACCACCAGUUGGCGGCCUACCGGAAAUACAUCCAGUUGUCGUUUACGAUUACGAGACUCAAAAUUCAAUGCCGAUGUUUCGACCUCGAAUGGGAGGAGCACCUCCUAUCCAAUUUUCUCCUUGGCGAGGAGGACCUCGAGGCAGAGGAGGCGGAGGAGGAGGAUUCAGGGGAGGACCACGACCUCCUUGGGCAAACAGCAGUCCUCGUGGACCGUCCGUUAAUAAUUUCUCGCCUCGGAAACCGAGAGGCGGUCAAUUCAGAGGCGGCGGAUUUCGAGGUCGAGGUCGAGGAAAUUGGUAGAGGACGAUAAUAUAAUAUAGCACUCUUCUGUCGAAGCUAAGCUCGGGGAAGAUAAAGAUGAAAAAAUUGACACGCUAGUCUUUCCCAUACAGUGUACAUACAUAUAAAGUUUUGCCGUAUUUGUCGUAUUUUCUCGUUUGUUCCUCAUUCAACAGAUAGUUUAUACUGAGAAUGAAGAGAAUUACAAAAGCAGUCGAGACACACACAAACAUACACACACCCACACACAUUUUUUUUCAUCGAUGAAAACCAUUCAUAUUAAGUGCUCGGCAUGGCCUGCUAUUCCGUAAUAUUGACGGCGUGGAAUCGAUUCAGUUUUAUUUGACUUUGGAGGACUGUCACAAAUUUUCAGAGAUUAGUAGUUGUAGUUGAAGGAUGAUGAAGAAAUUUAAAAUUCAACUGGGUUGGAAUUUAUUUUUAGAGAGGAUAUUUUUCUACUGUUGGUUUUUGAUCGAACCAGAAAUUUUCACUGAGAACUGACGGCCCAGUGAAAGUACAUUUUUAAGUUUUAUCAAAUACACUUCCCUGGGGAAUAUUUUCAAAAACGCUUUGACUUGUUAAGUAAAAUGUUUUAAUCUUGGAAGGGAAGCAAUUGUUUAUGUUAGAAAAGACUGAGUCGAUUCCUGGGAAGAUUGACUUGAUUCUCGAGAUGUAGGAAGUGAAUUUGCAAAAAAAAAGGGGAAGCGACACUUGAGACACUUGGUACGUUUUUUUUAAUUCUGAAUUAGGGAGAGCUUCUAGAAUGCAUGUAUGCGACUAAAAUAUAGUUAAGUUACGUCUACGUACUUGUUUGCCUGUUCGACGCGUAAAUUUCUGUUCCGAUCGCGGUCUGUUUGAAAGAAAGUGUAUUAAUAAAUGCAGUGUUUACGUUCUGGUCCACUUUAUGCAUUUCUUUUGCUUUUUCGAAAUGCAUUGUAUAGAUGGAGAUCGGCGACUGAAUCGAAAAUCUGUGCAUGAUUCUUUAUCGAAAGUUAUAUUAUGAAAACUUGAUAUAUUCAGAAAUGGACGUGUAUUUUAAUUUAUUUCUAGAAUUUCAUAGCGCUCUUUCUUUAUGAAUAGAUACUUGAACAACCGAAUUUAAUAAUUAUUUCAAAUGUUAAAUGCAGGUUCAUUCUCUGAUUUCUUUCUUGAAAUUUUGUCAUUUGCUGAUCCAUUGUGGAUCUAAAAAAAAUUCUCUUGUAUGUUGGAACUCAGAUAUAGAUUUAUGAAUUAAUUCUUAGGAUCAAGUGGAAUUUUUUUUUAAAAUGAUUUAUCAGUUCGUUAGUUGGUAACUGAUGUGAAAAUGCGUUUUUUUUUGUUUGGUGCCUGAACAAGCGAAUCGAAACAGUAGUCGUAAUAAGUCACGGUUUCUGUAAAAUACUGUCAUAUAUAGAUAUAUAUAGCUCUA